AUGAGAGAAGUUGGACUCAUCAUUUUGAUUUACUUCAUCGGUAAAGUCUUGACGGGAAAUGGAGACUGUGUCGAGCCGUGCAUUGUGCGGAUGCAAAAGACUCUUGAGAUGACUCCAAUCCUCGCCAACGACAAUCUCGGGCAUUUGUCUCUCGGUCAGCUCGCGGGAAACAGUGAAAAAGCGACUCAACAAUCGUUCAACUCAAUUUGCACAGCGUAUCGAGAGGUGGACAAAUGUUUGGAGCGUUGUGAGGGCACCUCAGAGAACAGCGCCCGAGUGAGGCAGACGUACGCCGGCAUUCGCUUCAUUUGCGUCGAGCACAGUCAAGAAUUCUUCGCCAGCCUUCCAUGCCUAGCUCGAGAGGAACCAAAAGCGAUGGCCUCUUGCAAAUCAGAAAUCAAUUCUUCUUUGGAAGCGAGCAAUCGUUUCAGCAAAGCGGUGGUCAACCGAGAGCAGCACUCGAUUCGACAAAGAUUUGAGUCACUUUGCAAGCAACUCGGUGCAAUGAUCGAUUGUGUGGAGCCAGUGACGAGAAAGGGUUGUGGAGAUGAUGCGGCAUGGAUGAUGCUUCGUUUCAUCACCGUUGGCUUCAGCAGUUUCGAGCAGCUCUACAGUCAAUUGGGUAUCUCGGACCAAUUGCCCGCCUCGUGUCGUUCAUUGCUGAACUUGAGACACAAUCCAAUGGAAAGACACCCCACGAACCCUCGUUCGCUUCUCAGUCGAUCCACCGCCGAUCUCUCAGCGAAAAUCCCAUCAUUUUCGAUAUUUUUCUUGAUUUCUUUGUUUUUAUUU